UUUUUUUUUUCCAGAAGCUUCCUGCUCUCUCGUGAACUUUGGAAGUUGGGGGACGCCGCCGGGACACGGGGAUCUGCCCCGUUCCCCUCCCUCCCCUUCACGUGCACCCCACGAACGCAAGAGGUGCUGCAGCGCCAAGGCAUGGCUGAGGGGUGGCCGAGCUGCCAGCGGGCAGGGAAGGACAGAGGGCAGGAGGGCAGCAUGGGGGACUCGGACGACCUGGAUGACAGCCUGACCAGCCUCAUGUGGCUGCAGGACUUCUCAAUCAUCAAUGCCAGCAUGGGCAAGUCCUCCUGCUUCCCCAGUGGCCCGGACCCACUUGACUGUCACAGGAUCCCCAGCUUUGCUGCCCCGUGCUCGCCCCUGGCCGCUGACCCAGCGUGCAUGGGCAUGCCCCACACUCCCUGCAAGCCCAUCUCCUCCUCCACCUUGAGGACGGCACACCACGCCGUGGCCAUGCACCCUCAACUCGCGGAGGACAUUGACUACAAGACCAACCCGCACGUCAAGCCGCCCUACUCCUACGCCACCCUCAUCUGCAUGGCGAUGGAAGCCAGCAAUAAGCCCAAAAUCACUCUCUCUGCCAUCUACAAGUGGAUUACUGACAACUUCUGCUACUUCCGACAUGCUGAUCCCACCUGGCAGAACUCCAUCCGGCACAACCUCUCCUUGAACAAGUGCUUCAUCAAGGUGCCCCGGGAGAAGGGCGAGCCAGGAAAAGGUGGGUUUUGGAAGCUUGACCCCCAAUACGCCGACCGGCUGAAGAACGGCGCCUCCAAAAAGCGGAGGAUGACACCAGUGCAGAUCCACCCAGCCUUCACCAAAAGAGCCCGGCAAGAAGCACGGUGCGUCACUAGCCCGGGCUCUUUGGCUUGCACCUCCAAUAACAUCCUCAACGUCAACGUGGAGUCGCAGCAGCUCCUGGAAGAGUUUGAAGAAGUCACUGGCGACCAGAACUGGAAUUCAACGGAUGGCAAAGCAGGGCACACGCGCAAGCAGCCCUUGCUCAAACAAAUGGCCAAGGCACCUCGGCUUUCCAACUCCACCUUGCUGACCCAGGAAGAGCAGACUGAGCUGGGAUCGCUGAAAGGUGACUUUGACUGGGAAGCCAUUUUUGACACCAACCUGAAUGGAGAAUUCUCCAUUUUUGAGGAUCUGGAGCUCACGCCUCCAACCAACCCCAUGACACGCGACCUGGACUUGACGAUACAUGGGCACCACAUCGACUGUCUCCAGGGGCAGGAGCAGGUCCUCACUGAAUCCAACCAGAACAACCUGGACUUUGAUGAAACCUUGAUGGCCACAUCUUUCCUGCAGCAUCCCUGGGAUGAAGAGACAAACGAUUACCUCUCCAACUCCGUCAACAUGGAGCAGUUGUUCGACCUCAACGACGCCUCUUUGCCAGCAGAUGUGAGCGACUGGAGCAGUCUGGCGUCCCUUGUAUAAGAGGCCAGUCACUGUUCAAAGCCCACACAGACUUUAGUAGGAUGCUCCCCCCAUACUGCUCGGAUUUACAAGGGACAAGAUUUUCUAGAGACGGAGACACCCACAUUGAGUUUUACCAGCUUCAUUGUAAGAUUAUUUACAGGAACAACGGGGGGAGAAAAAAAUACCACCACAGGAACUGCUUGACAUAUCUUUAAAGGACACAUCAGAAGUCUCUAGUACAUGAGUUUCCUCAAGAGAAAAAAUAUAACACUACUUAUUUUUUUACUUUUA